AUGAUGAUGAUGAAGUGCUACUCCACGUCUACAUUACUCUUUCUACUUAUAUUCCCCUCCAUCCCAUUCCCACGAAACGCCGUCGUCUUUGUGGACGCCCGAGUCGUCAGAAAGGCGAGGCUGACGCUCGUCAGCUUCGCCACGAUCUGGGAAGAAGACGGCGGGUGGGUCUCGCCUGGAUGCGACGCCGGCGCCGUCGUCGGGGACAAGGAGAAGGUGAUGGCCUUGUCUUCGAGUUGGUUCGACAAGGGGCGGAGGUGCAACAAGUACGUCAGGAUCACCGGCGGCGACAGCGGCCGGACGGUGACGGCGAGAGUGGUCGGGGAGUGCGACGCGUCGCUGGGUUGUGACGGCGACGUGAUGGACGCCUCGAGGGCGGUGUGGAUGGGGUUGAAGGUGGGUUCCAGGGAUUGGGGACGACGUCGUUUUUCAAAUGGGGAUGUGGAAGCUGCUCGAGUCCACAUUAACGACGUCUCUCAGGGCACCAGGGAGGGAACUCUGACUCUCAAUGGCUUCGAGAAGGGCCAGGAUGGCGGUGGUCCGGCUUCAUGCGAUGGCUCGUUCCACGACAACGACGAAAUGAUCGUGGCACUGCCCGCGAAAUUCUUCAAGAAGGGUAGGAGGUGCAACAAGAACAUUGUGAUUGAAGGGAAUGGCCACACCGUUAGUGCAAGAGUGGUGGAUGAAUGUGGGAAGGGAUGUGGUGACGACAUUGUGGACGGUUCGAAGGGGGUAUGGGUAGGGUUGAGCAUUCCGGAGAAGGACAGAGGCGAGUUGGCUAUCACUUGGCAUGAUGCUUAG